GGGGCGUGUGGUCCUGGCUUCGCCUCGCCUCUGGAUGCGAUGAAAGGUCCCCGGGAGGAGAUUGUGUAUGUGCCCUGCAUCUACAGGAACACUGGGAGGAAGAAACCUGACUUUCUGGCCACUGUGGAUGUCAACCCCAGAUCUCCACACUAUUGCCAGGUGAUCCACCGCCUGCCCAUGCCCAACCUGGGGGACGAGCUGCACCACUCGGGGUGGAACACCUGCAGCAGCUGCUUCGGGGACACCACCAAGAAGCGGAACCGCCUGAUCCUCCCCAGCCUCAUCUCCUCCCGCAUCUACGUGGUGGAUGUGGGAACCGACCUGCGGGCUCCCAGGCUUUUCAAGGUUGUCAACUCAGAGGACGUCUUCUGGAAGUGCAACCUGGGUUACCCCCACACCUCCCACUGCCUGGGCAGCGGUGAAAUCAUGAUCAGUGCUCUGGGAGACCCGGCCGGCAGCGGGAAAGGCGGCUUUAUUCUGCUGGAUGGAGAGACCUUUGAGAUCAAGGGGAACUGGGAGAAAGGGGACAAGAUCCCCCCGAUGGGUUAUGACUUCUGGUACCAGCCACGCCAUAACGUCCUGAUCAGCACUGAAUGGGGAAUCCCGAAAUGCCUGGGAUAUGGGUUUGACCCAAAUGAUCUGAAGAAAGGGCGCUACGGCCGCCGCCUCAACGUGUGGGACUGGACCACUCACACCUACAUCCAGGCCAUCGACGUGGGCGAGGACGCGGCCCCCCUGGAGAUCCGCUUCCUCCACAACCCCGAUGCCGCCGAGGGCUACGUGGGCUGCACCAUCAGCAGUGCCAUCCACCGCUUCUACAAGACCGAGCGAGGAGACUGGGCGGCCGAGAAGGUGAUCCAAGUCCCCAGCAAGAAGGUGGAGGGAUGGCUCCUCCCGGACAUGCCAGGCUUCAUCACCGACAUCCUCAUCUCGCUGGACGACAGGUUCCUGUACUUCAGCAACUGGCUGCAUGGAGACAUCCGCCAGUACGACAUCUCCGACACCCGCAAGCCCAAGCUGGUGGGGCAGGUCUUCGUGGGUGGCAGCAUCACCAAGGGAGGACCCGUGACUGUGUGCAGGGACGAAGAGCUGCAGAGCCAGCCAGACCCAUUUUUCAUCAAGGGGAAGAGGGUGCAGGGGGGACCCCAGAUGAUCCAGCUCAGCUUGGACGGGAAGAGGCUGUACGUCACCACAUCCCUCUACAGCGCCUGGGACAGGCAGUUCUACCCCGACCUCGUCAAGUAA